AACGCACAUAUAUUGAUGUCAGGGUUUUCAACCCAUUUGCGCCCUCAAAUCGCUCCUCCUCCGUCUCCGCAGCCUACACCCGCCAUAAGAAGGCAAAGAAGCGUUCGUACGAACAGCGCUUGCGUGAUCGUGUGUAGAGCAUGCCUCGUUUGUCCCGGCCGUGUUCUCUACGACUGGCGGCAUGAGCAAGUGUGCGUCAGCUCUGUACAAGAGAAUUGCUGUGUUGCUUGCAGAGAAGACCGAGGUGGGACUGGUGGUGGUGCACCGAAGUUAGCCCAGCUGUUUGGCGGAGGUGGCGGAGGUGGUGAUACAGAGUUCACGUACAAGGCACCUAAGCAACCCAAGAAAGCGAAAGGUGCUGCAGGUGGAGGUGAGCAGAUGUCGGUCCUUCAGGCCGCCACCGUCACGACGUACAAAUAUGUCAAUGAACAAGCUGUAUCUCAAGGCAAGCUUGGAGCGGCAAUCCUCGGUCAGCACUCCACGAAAGAGUACAAACUGCUGCUGUACGCUGGAAAGCAGCAGCAUGUGGCGUCGGCGCCGAUCAACAUGAACUUCACACUGCACAUUCAAGGCAACAACUACACAAGUUUUGUUGAUGAGCAGCGGCAGCGUUGGUCAAUGGCAUUCGAUAGCAGCGCUUCAUUGGUUGACUUUGCCAAGCAGGCUGCGUUGUGCAAGUUCCAGGCAGCUGGCGGCGGAUUGAUGAUUGUCCAGCAAGAUCUUGUUAUCGGUGACGGCUUGACUCUCGACGCUGGGGACAACAUCGAGUGCAAAUACACUGGAUGGUUGCUGCAAGAUCACACGUUUGGAAAGAUGUUCGACUCGAAUGCCUCGUCGGACAAGGCUUUUCGCUUCCGCAUCGGCAAGGGCAAAGUGAUCAAGGGCUGGGAUGACGGUGUGGUUGGAAUGAAGAAAGGAGGAAAGCGUUGCCUGGUCAUUCCGUCAUCCUUGGGUUAUGGAACACAGGGUGCUGGUGAGAGAAUCCCGCCCGGUGCCAAUUUGAUUUUUGAAGUGGAAGUGAAAAAGGUGAAGUUUUCGAAGGAGAAGGAAGCCGAGGCGGCUGCAGCAGCAGCUGCGGCCGAAAAGAAGGCAGCGGCUUCAGCGGCGGCGGCAGAAACCGCAUCCACCGCAAGCGACAGCGACAAUGAAGUGAGGGGCAGAGCUGCUUCCCUGACUGAACAAAUGGCUGCAGGUCCUGGUGACAGUCAGAAAGCGCAGCUGCUGAAUCGCAUGGCCAAAAUGGGAGCUCACAUUAUGCCUGGUGUGCAAACGGAGGCUGUGGAUGCGGCCAGUGAUCCAGCUCUUCUCCAGCAGCAACUUCUCCAGCAGCAGGCACUGGCUGCUGGUGGAGCAAUGCCGCUGGGGGCCAACCUGACACUACAGCAGCAACAACUACUUCUUCAACAACAACAGCAGCAGCAGCAGCAACAAGGUCAAAUGCCAGGCAGUGCCUCCCAUCAGCUGUCACAGAUGCUUGGUCAGCCGCAGCAGCAGGGUCAGAACUCACAGCAGCUAGCUCUAUUCCAACCUCAGCAACAACAGCCAUGGCAGCAGCAGCAGCAGCAACAGCAAAUGUUUGGUCAACAGAACACGAUGGCAGGACAGCAGUCGGGCAUGAUGGGUCAGCAACAAGGGGGCAUGAUGGGUCAACAGCCCGGGAUGGGGAACCCCAACCAGCAGCAGGGAGGCAUGAUGGGUCAACAGCCUGGUAUGAUGAACCCCAACCAGCAACAAGGGGGUAUGAUGGGUCAACAAGGCCAGCAGCCAGGUAUGAUGAACCCGAAUCAACAAGGAAUGAUGGGCCAACAAGGAAUGAUGAACCAGCAGCAACAGCAGGGUAAUAAUUUUUACGGGCAGCAGCAGCAGCAGCAACAGAUGGGUGGAGGUAACAUGAUGGGUCAGAAUGGCAUGCAGCAACAACAGCAGCAACAGCAGCAGCAGCCAGCACAAGAGGAGAAGAAGGAAGAGCCAUCUAGUAAUACCCAGGUUGUAUUGUCUGAGGCACGCCAACACCAAGCGGAGCUCAAGCUGGAGUUUACCAAGAUAGCCGGCAAGAUUGAAGAGCUGCACUCUAAGGUUGGAAAGCUUGAAGAGCGCGAGCCAAGUGGAGCACUAGUACCAAGUUCAGCUGGCACUGGUAUGAUGGGUGCCCCGCCCAUGGAGGCUGGUGUUCUCCUACACAACAUACAGAGAAUCAUACAGGAGAGUGAACAUUUGAAGAAGGAAGUGUUUGAGAAGAGUGCUCGGAUUGAGAUGCAGAAUGCCAAGAUUGCUGAGCUACUCGAGCGUAAUCAACAGUUUGUGGAAAAGAGUAACCUGGCUCUGGAGCAUCGCAAUGACACGUUCAAGAGCACGACAGCACAGACACAGUCACGGCUACUCCAACUCGAGCAGGAGAAGGUGGAGCUGACGACGGAGCUCAGCUCUGUCAACACGAACUUUGCCUCACUACAGCUGGCCCACGGUAAUCUAGUUCGCUCCGAGUCCGAGCUCAAGCAGCAGCUGGCAGCCGCAGCGUCCGAAGUGCAACAGCAUGCAUCUCAGUGGGCGCAGGCAGCCCAGGCACAAAAAGAGGCGGAAAACCGUUCUGAUGACGUGUCCAGCUCGCUCAAGUCUGAGAAGCAGGAGAGGAAGCGCUUGGCCGCUCAGCUGCAACAGACCGAGGAUGAGCUUGCGGAACUGAAGGGCGAAAAGGAGACGUUAGAAAAGACUCUGAAGGACCGCAAGAAGAAAAUGCUGUCGGAGAAGAAGCGUUUGGAGCGGGAAAUGGAAGAGGCCAAAGAACAGCUAGAGGGUGAGGUCAAUGCCAUGAGAGAGAAGCUGAGGAAGGAGAGAACAACGGUGGAUGCUGCGGCAGCCGAGCAGGUGGCCCAAGCUGAAGCGUCCGUCGAGCAGAGAUGGAAGGAGAAGCUCAACCGGCAAGUAGCCCAGACAGAGCGCCAAUGGUCUGCCAAAUACGAGGAACUCACCGAGGAAUGCGACCGUCUUCGCAAACAGACCUCAAACGCGGAAACUAUUGUUUCUCAGAUGAAAUCGGACAGCGUUAGUCGCCAUGAGCACAACCAGCUGCAAACAAAGUAUGACCGUAUUCAGACUGAGAACCUCGAGGCUCUCUCUCAGGCGAAGAAGUCGUCGGAAGUCGCCAUCUCUCGCGCUCGCCAGGAAGGUUAUGAAAAGGGCAAGGCUGAGGGCGGACCAGCAGCAGCAGGAUCAGCAGGUGUCCUGGCCAAGCCAGCGCCUAACACUGCAACUGAGGUGAAGAAAGUAAUGAAUACUGUCUACCACAAGCUCAAUGCCCAGUUCCAGGCCGCUAAGAAGUACAACGGAGCGGAAGUCAUGACUACAAUGAUGGCCACUAUCAAAGAAGUAACCAUUUCAAUGAUUCAAGGAUCACCACCAACAAGACCAGCGGUGGCAACGUCAGCUUCUAAGUCCUCUGUCGAGGACUCAGAUGAAGAUGAUGAGGAUGACGAGGAUGACGAGGAUGAGGAUGAAGAUGAGGAAGCCAAAGAGGAGACAAAGCCUUUUGCAGCCUCGUCUUCUGCUGCGGAUGCCGUAGCAGUAAUGGCUGCUGCAACUGGAGCUGUGGCAGUCAGUGCUGCUACUACCACUGCUGCUGCUGCUGAUGAUAAUGAUGAUGAUGAGCUGGCUUCUAGUGAGGAGAAGGAGGAUGGCGCAACGACUGCUCCUGCCGAUAGUAGUCUCUCGGCUGCUGCUGUGACUGAUGCCAGCACAGCGGACAUGUCAGUACCCACUACAGAGACAACGGCGACAACAACAACGGAAACAACUAGUGAUCAUGAUGAUGAUGACGAAGACGACGACGACGAUGAAGACGAUGAAGAGGACGCAGAAGACGAUGAAGAGGAGGAAGAAGAUGAAGAAGAUAAGUCUGCCGAGGCAGCAGCUGUGCAAAGCACGCCAGCGGCGGAUGAGAGUGAGGACACACUGACGACACCUUCCACUGUGGAAAGCAGCGAACCUUCUACCUCUGCCACUCAAGAUUCGGCAAAGGAUGACAGUGUCGAGGAAGAUGAAGAUGAAGAUGAGGACGAAGACGCAGAUGAGGAAGAAGACGAGGAAGAAGAAGAGGAGGAGGAUGAAGAUGAAGCUGUAGAGGAGCCCUCUGCCAAGGGAGCGGCUGCUACUGAAGGUACUGCAGCUGAUGUGGCCAAGUCUGACAAAGAGGAAGAAGAGGAGGAAGAUGAUGACGAUGAUGAAGAGGAAGAAGAGGAAGAGGAGGAAGAGGCGAAACCCACAGCACCAGCAGCUGCGUCGUCAGCCACAACAGCACCACCUGCAGAUGAUGACAAGGACUUGGACUUUGAGGAUGAAGAUGAAGACGAGGAAGAAGAGGAGGAGGAGGAAGAUGAGGAGGACGAUGAGGAUGAAACAGACUCCAAGCCUCCCCAAGAGGAAGCGAAAAAGCCGUCGACCGCAACACCCAAGAGCCGUGGACUGUUGUCGAUGGAUGACGAUGACGACGAUGAUGAUGAUGACUUUAUGUCUGCAAAGUCGACACCCGCAGCCUCGCAGCCCGCCGCCAGCAAGCCAGCAAGCAGUGCACUGACUGGAGGAAGUGACGCUGGACUGAGUCUGUUUGGUGAUGAUGAUGAUGCCGAUAUCUUUACCGUUAAGCCAAAGGCAGCAGGUGGCUCUGCUGCAUCCACGGCAUCGCCUUCACAAGCCAAACCAGCUGCAUCUACCGCCUCUUCCUCUGCUGAGACAACACCAAAGGCGAGUGGCGGUGGCUCUAAGGCAACCAGCGUCAAGGCAACACCUUUGUUUGAUGAUGACAACGAUGAUCUCGACUGGCUGAGCUAAGUGUGUUCUGAUACUCUCUACCAGCCAAGUGUCACUGUGCACCACCUCGCCGUGCUGUGUGCCGUGCUGUGCUGUCUUGCUAUGUGGCCUGUUCCUAUGACAUGUUGCUAUGGCCUGUUGCUAUAGCCUGUUGCUAUAGCCUGUUGCUAUGACAUGUUGCUAUGGCCUGCAACCGUUGAGCGGCCAAUCUCUCUCAAUCUCUGCUCAUCUGUCCCCUUGUCUCCUUGUCUCUCCGCCAUGCGUGUGUGGCUGGCUACAACUGCCUUUCAACUGUGUCUAUUGCUCUGUGUCUUUGUCUUGCCCUACGGCGGUGGAGGCGGUGGGAUAGAUUCUCUUACCAGCACACACGUGUGUAGGUUCCUGUCCUCGCGCGACCUGUUUUCUCACCGUGUCGCUCUGUUUUCUCAUGUCGCUCUAUUUUCUCUUUAUCUUUAUCCCUGCACGCUACUGCUGUUGUUGUUGUUGUUGUUGUUGUUGUCGUUGGCACUGCCUAGGCAUGCUGUUCGUGUGCAUGUUGUCAAUGCAUGGAUUUCUUGAUAUCGGUGCCCCAGCCACCGUGCGGUCGUCAUUGACUCCAGCCGACCGCCAUUUUGCUCAUAUAUAUAUUUUUACGCACCGGCGUCACUUUUUUGCCAUGCGUUGUCCUGGCGAUUGCAUCGAGAUUUCUGCUGCUGUUGCUAUUGCAACUUGUUCAUCGCCAUUUUUUGUUUUGUUUUAGUGGCCUAGUUCUCAUUUAGACGAGCUCUUUACUGGCAACUGACACUCCCGGUGCACAAAUGUCAACGCGCACGUAAAAUUAAUAAUUUACGCUCAAAUGUACGAUAUUCAUGAUAAUGAAAUUUGUUUUGUAGAAUAUGAAAUUGCCAAAGGCAUCCCUGAUUGACGACUCCCAUGCAAAACUAUUUCCAUGAAAGCUAUUUUUUAAUUUUUGGUUUUUGACAUUCUUUUUUUCUUUCUUGAUUGCAUGUCUUUUAGAAUGUUGCUAUAAUCCUGCUCAGUUGCUUGUCAAUUGCUGCGCUAAUGCCCGCUCAUUGCGGUCUAGUUUGCCCCUAUCUCUAUAAGCUAUGCUCUGCUCCUCGAAUGAACGGCUUUCCUAGUUGUCUGUGUCUAUAUUAGUUGCUGCUUGUCAGUGUGUUACCCUGCUUAGCUGUAUGUACAAUGCAUGCACAUAUCAUUGCUGUUUUUGUUGUUGUCAAAUACGACGGCUGUAACCCUGUA